ACAUGUGACUCUGUGGGGACUUAGAAGGGUGUGACUUUGUCCUCUGCAUUCAGUAACACAGGAUUUAUUCGUAGUUGUCGGAAUAAGGGACUUCAUUUUGAACUGGGCGUGAGUCGAGACUGAAAACUUGUCUUGGAGCUAGCUUUACAAAGCGGAAAAAAGUAAGUGUAGGACCGGGUUGGUCAACAGAUUAGCCGAAUUUUUUUAGCUCGAUUUUUACUGUACCGGCAACUUUCUAUGUAGUCGUUGUCUCAAGAGGAACUGGAGACGGUUAACUGUUCAACUUGACAGGGUUGCAGACUGAUAAAGUAUAAACGCAAUGUGGAUUGAGAGAACACCACGGACAUGGCUGGGAAGUCUUGUUGUCUUGUUGUUUUUAUGGAAAACAGCAACAGGCUGCCUGGAAGCUUGUAUCUGUGCUCAGCCUCAGCCGGGACAGUACAUUACUAACUGCCAGGGGAGAUCCCUCUCUGAGAUUCCUGAUGGAAUUCCAGACAACACCGUUACCCUAGGUUUGGGGAUGAACCGUUUGACAUCUGUGCCAGGCGGCAUUUUCUCCCACCUCACCAACAUGAGAGCCAUAUACUUACAACAGAACAUGAUAACAAGUAUCGAAGACGGCGCUUUCGAAGGGCUUAUAAACUGUGAAGUCCUGUUUCUACACGACAACAACAUCACUCACAUCUCUGCUAACACGUUUAUAGGACUGGACUCACUCUCCAGACUGACUCUACACGAGAACAUGAUCUACAGUAUAGACCAGGGAGCAUUCAACUUUCCGUUGUUGUCCGAAAUAACGCUGAGCUCUAACCACCUUGUGUGUGACUGUUCGCUCGGCUGGUUCCAAGACUGGUCCCUUAACGUGUCGGACAAGGUCCGGUUAGACAAGAUCACCUGUGCGUCUCCCACCAGUCUCGCUGGCGAGGAGUUAACAGCCAUCUCAAGGGACUCAUUUGUCUGUCCAUGGCAUUGUGAUGCUCAGGGCCAAGCAUGCUAUCGGUUCUUCCAAGACUUGAAAACUUUGGAGGAGGCCAAUGCUACAUGCGCUGUGAACGGGAGCCACCUAGCGACCCUGUACAGCAAUGCAACCAUGCUGUUCUUCCAGGAGAUCGUUCUCAACGACAUUGAUAUCUACGACGCUCCCUACUGGAUUGAUGCAAACGACAGGGAUACUGAGGGAACAUGGGUGGACGCAAACAACAACGAGCUGAUGUUCGCGCCGUGGGCUACCGGGCAGCCGGACAGUGCCGCUGGCGAGGAGGACUGCUCUACCAUCAGAUGCCGAGAAGACGGCACCUGCGUGUUGGAUGACCAACAAUGCAAUGAUCGUUUUCGCUACAUCUGUGCCUAUGAUCUGUGUCCAGCUGAGAACCUGACCACCACGCGCGGUGUGUUCUCCUGGCCGGCCACCCAGCCCAACCACACCGCCGAGCUGGACUGUCCACACACGAUCAACGGACUGACCCAUAAGAUGGCUUCCAGAUACUGCUCGAAGGACUCAUCUAGUGGUCCCGAGUGGGAAGCACCAGUCAUCUAUGACUGUCCGUACCACCCGGACUUCACCACAGGUGCGCCUCCCACCCCCUUACCCACCACCUCUACCACCACCAUCAGACUACCCACUGCGCAGGCGUCGACAGAUGCCCCGGAUGCUGUCCAAACCACUCAACAGGAAAAGACUACAACAAGGACAACUACUGUGACGUCUUCUACAACAUUACCUACAACAGAAAACAUCACUCCUACCACUACAGCGCCAGCUACAACCACACAUGCCUCCACUACAACGGUUAUGCCAACGGAACCGGAAAUGACGACGGACGCUGAUGUCCCGACAACCCAACCAGACGAUCACCACAUGGAGGGUCCGUGUGCAGAACACACCCCGUCCCCUGACAACCGACAGUUCCCCACCCCCGGGGUGACCGUUCCUUCAGUCAUUCUGUUGGAGGACUUGGUGAUGUUUCAACCUACCAUAGAAAACGUAGACCAGCUCUCGGCCCGUCUGUCCUCUCUGACGGAGCAGGCGGUUGAGUUCAGCCCGCGGGAGAUAGAGAACGCCGUGGACACGCUGUCCGGGAUCGUGUCGCUGGACGAGCUGAGUGAGGAGGCGUCCGCUAACGGCAUCAAGACCGUCAGUAACCUGUUAGUCGCCAUGGAGAGCAGUCUGUUUGAGGCGGAGCUCAAAUUCAACUCGACGAAAAAAAUGCUUGACGCUGUGGGCGCCCUGUCCAUGAAGGUGAACUUCCAGUCGGAAGUGUUUCGGGCAGUCUCGGAACACGUCGGCAUCCUCGUGCUGAACCUCACGGCGCCUGAUGACGUCAACGGGCUGCGCUUCUCCGAGAUAGGCGCCAAUAUGACGGCAACGCUGUCUCAGGGACGGGUUAAAAUCCAGGAGACGGUCCCUGGUGCGGAGGAAAUUGAUGACAUCACGGCGUCUUUCGAAUUCCCAGCAUCCCUUGUGCAGUACGCCAGGGCAAUGGGCGAGACCAGGAUGCAGUUCGCAAUAUAUCCGCAUGGAAAAAUAUUCCAGAUAUUAGAGCGUGCCGCCAAGGUGUCUCAGCUGGUGCACAACUCGGUAGAAGAGCCGGUUAUCGAUGGAGACCGACUCAACAGUCGGAUCAUCUCGGCAACAGUCGGACACCUCGAGCUGAAGGACCUCUCCGACCCGGUCAAACUGGUCUUCACACAUGUCCAGCAUGGAGACAACCCGGAGUGUGUGUGGUGGGACAUGCAGACUAACGGUGGGAUGGGCGGCUGGUCGUCUGAAGGCUGCUGGGUGGACGUGACGGAGAACGGACAGACGGACUGUUACUGUGAUCAUCUCACCAACUUUGCACUACUCAUGGAUGUGUACGGUACCUCUGCACGGGUGUCCAAGGGUCACCAGACGGCGCUGUCAGUCAUCUCCUAUAUCGGCUGUGGCGUGUCUCUCAUCGGCAUCUUCCUCAGCCUUCUCACCUUCGGGAUGUUCAAGAAAGUCCGCCGGGAGACUCCUACCAAGAUCCUGAUAAACCUGUGUGUGGCCCUGUUCAUGGUGAACGCGCUGUUCGUCAGCCUCACAUCUAUACACGACUUGGGGAUAGACGAGCUCUGUAUGAGCUUCGCAGUACUGAUGCACUACUUCCUACUGGCCGCCAUGAUGUGGAUGGGUCUGGAGGCCCUGAACAUGUACAUCGCUCUGGUCAAGGUCUUCAACACCUACUACAAACGUUUCAUGUUCAAGCUGGCACUCGCUGGAUGGGGAAUUCCUGCUGUUGUUGUUGGCAUCACCCUGGGUAUCGACCACAAAAGCUACGGACCGUAUGAGGGCAUUUGCUGGCUGUCCCGCUAUGCCUUCCUGGGAGCGUUCCUCGCGCCCGCGCUGUUCAUCAUCAUCGUGAACUUCAUCAUCUUCACCAUGGUGAUCCGCACCAUCGUGGGGCUAGAGGACCAGAAGAAACUUAAGAAAUCCACCAAGACUGACACGGCCACUAAGCUGAAGGGUGCUGUGGGACUGUCCAUACUGCUGGGCCUGACCUGGGCACUGGCUAUCUUCGCUAUCCGGGAGGCAAACGUCGUCAUCAACUACCUGUUUGCUAUCUUCAACUCUCUACAAGGUCUGUUCAUCUUCAUCUUCCACUGCGUGAUGAAGAAAGAUGUGCAGAACAACUGGAGGAGGAUGAUCCCCUGCUGUCCCAACCCGCCACCGGGUAGUACAGUAUACGUUAAAACAGCAUCAAAACGAAAACAAAUGGUCUGGAGCCCCUCCGCUAUCUCCAUUGAUGUGAAGAGCACGGAUUGCCCCUCCUCACGAAAUAACUCACCCUGGCCAGUGUUCGAAGCUUGGAGUACCCGAAGCCACAUGAGAGCCAACAGGACAAGGAGCUCCCCAGUCAGCAACGGAUCCAUGGUUCGCAAGUUCUCGCAAAGCGAGUCCACCACUAGCCUGGCUAAGGACAAGCGGGAGAUCGCGGAGACUGGGCUGUACAACGAGGCUUACCAGUACGCUCCGGAGGCCUUCAAUCCUCUGGCGCGGAUUUAAUCACGAACACAUUCUUAAACCACAAUACAGCAUUAUUUGUUUACUAUAGUCAAACAUAUCAAUAUUGCGGCACAGCAACAAACAGAUUGAUUUGAUUUGUUGAUCCGUACUACUCGCAUAUAUCUUUUGCAUCUAUCGUUUACGAU